UUCAAAAGUAGUGCCUUAAAUGUUGUUAAGCCUGUAAACUCUGUAUUGUGUUGUGUAACUGAAUUACAGCGUUUGCUAUCUUCGAACUCGGAGCUGAGCCUCUGUACCGUGUUACUGUCCCUCAGUCCAGUGAAGGGCUUUUCUCAGUAAUGUUAUGCACUCAUACAGCUGUGGAGGCGGAGCAGAGGCAUGAAGCAUAUAGCUAGCUAAUACUUCCGUUUGUUUAGUGUUGACAUUUUGCUUUUUUUUUUUAAGUGGAAGCAGGUCUUCUAGUGUGAUGCCUUUUGAUGACGGGCCCUUGAAGGGCGUAACGACUCACCACCUCAGCAAAGGCAUCACAUUCUAUGUAAAUGAGAGUACGGUGAAACCUGCUGUCAGUGGCCAGGCCAAGCCGCUGCUUCUGAUGUUGCCGUGGCUCGGCUCGAGGCCUCAGUCUCAGGCCAAGUACUGCGAGAUCUACCUUAGAACAGGCUUCGAUGUGCUAGUGGUGGAGAGCAACGUGGGUCAUUUCCUGUGGCCUCGCUGGGGCCUGGAGCACGGUGCACAAGUGCUGCAGUUGCUGGAGAGCGAGCAAUUCUCAAGGCGCCCCCUGGUGGUUCAUGCCUUCUCCAUCGGAGGAUUCACAUUCGCUCAGCUGCUCGUUCACGUGGCCAAAGACACUCGGCGCUAUCGUGGCCUGAUCGACAGAGUCAGAGGGCAGAUCUACGACAGCCUGGUUAUCGGCUCGCUGGAACGCAUGGCUAUAGGUGUGAGUAAGAACUUGUUCCCUCGUUCUGAGUUCCUUGUGAAGCGCGCCAGCCUCCUUUACUUCCACGUGUUCAAGCGGCAGACGGUGGACUACUUCAACGCAAGUAUUGACGUGUUCUGGAACACGCCUCUGACCUCUCCUGCGCUUUACUUCUUCUGUGGCAACGAUGUCUUGUGUGACUCGGCGGUCAUACAGAAGCUGCUGGAAUACUGGAAGAGGCGGGGUAUUAUUGUGAUGAGUAAGAAGUGGGAGGAGUCUAUCCAUGCCGGGCAUCUGCGCGCCCAUCCUCAGGAGUACCUGUCAGUCCUAGAACACUUUCUCUGUUCUCUCAACAUGAUACCUCUAAAAGCCAAAAUGUGAACAUUUGGUAACAGGGACACAAUAAUUUAUCAUGAUAAUGUACAGUACAGUACAGUACCAGGAACUUCAUUUCAUUGCAUCACUUUAGGGGGAAUUCCUUUUUCAAUAUUUCAAAUUUGCCUAAAAACACGUGGUUCAAUGUAAAGAAACAUUCUGAUGUCUGACACAUUGAGAAUGAUUUUUUUUUUUUUUUUUCACAACAUGAAAUGUUUAAGAAGCACUAAUAUUUGAAGGUGCAUUACUGUAUAACUUUGAAUUUACAGGACACUAAACCUAUGCAGUAUUUUAUUAAUAAAUAUUUUUAUUUGA